GACAAAUUUUCAAGAUGGCGGACGAGGUGAGAUGGCAACACUAAAAUAUUUUGGUAGAAUUAAGUUGUACCUUGAGUUCGAAUCUGAUUGUUUUUGCUGUAACCUCUAGGCAGAAGGAAAGCACAAAAAGAAGAUGAAAAAGAAAGGUGUGUCUGUCGCUGUCGCUGUUGUUGUUUUUGUUUUUGUUUUUUUUAUCAGGUGGCAUUGUCAAGGAGUCUGAAUAUACGGUUAACAUAAUAGCGUGUUUUACCAUAGUAAAUUUAACUUACGUGUAACCUUAAGCUUUCAUGCUACACCACCAUCCAUACUUUCGAAAAUCGAUAUUUAAUCGUAAGCUCAGAAAUUGUAGUCUAUCUUCUUUGAACGCCAUCGUUUUGAUGAAACUUGGCGUUGUAGUAGAAGUUAUACCGUCUAUUGUAGUUUUUCUUUGAUAAAACUGUCUUCUUAAGCUUAAAAUUAACUUUGUGGUAAUUCUUAAUUUCAGCAAAACUCAAGCUUGAGAAGAGGAGGAGGGAUUCAUCUCCAGAACAAGAAAAUACUGUAGAGUCAAAGAUACAUAAAACAGAUGCCAAUGGCACCACGACUACAGGUCAGAAAAGAGCUCAUGUCAUACAGAUUCACAAGAUAGAGGAGGGAAUUUCUUUGGCAAGGUGGAUAUAUUGUUGUACUCCGGAUCAAAAGGUCUGGGUUUGAAGGCUGCCAGUUUUGGGGGGGGGGGGUAUGAAACUAUAAAUUCUACUUUGAAUUCACGGUACCUCUCCCCACUAAGCAGUAUAAAUACCUCUUACUAACCUAGUUUCCUCAAUUCUUUGAGUAAGUUAAGGAACCUCAUUUUUUUUCCGCUCAGAUUUGUAGCCUAGGUGGGAUGAGCACCGGCCAUAAAUCAGAGUGGAAAAAUUGAGCUUUUCUAAUUUACUAUACUGACUGAGGAAAUAAGGUUAGUAGGAUGUUUAUUAUAUCUCUGGGUUCAAAUAAAGGGGAAACAGUACAACUCAAACAAAAUUUUGAAUUUGGCAGGCCAUACAAUGAAAUGGGACCCACUAAUCAUAGGACACAUACUGGUACACAUACUAACUGAGAGACAAGACCAAUUGAUACUAAAAUACUACAGGAGAAACUAGAUAAAUCAGAUCAAUAUCAGUAUCUGGGCAACUGCCCACCUACCCCUCCCCAAACUCAACAACAGUCAAUUGAUAACAAGUCAGGGUUAAUGUUGGGUUAGGGGAGGGGUAGGUGGGCAGUUGCCCAGAUACUGAUAUUGAUCUGAUAAAUCACUGGGGUUGCUUGCAAUGAUCAAACAACUGUAAUACACCUUUUUUUAAAGCUUCCACUUCUAACCCUUAGACCCCUUAGAGAGAUUAGCAUCUAAUUUCUCCUUAAAUAUCACCCCUAAAUCACACAUUAUGAGAAUGAGAAUAACAGAAAUAAUCACCAGUUAAAGGAGCUCUUGAUUUUUAAACAAAUUCUCCUUGUCAGCAGCUUAGAAAAUGUAAAGAGAACAGUAUGAAGAAUAUGCAUACUGAUGUUGGGGUGUAAAAUGUUAAAAGCUUUUAGUUGAGACAGAUUUCUCUCACAAGAAGCAAGACAGAGCACUGCAAUAUCUCCUUUGAACAACUGUAAUAUUCACCCAGGUGCUACAGAAAGUGGGAUAACUGCAAAAGCAAUAGGCUACCAGGCUUUUCACUCUUAACCCUUGAACCCCUAACAGUGACAACCAUCUGUUUUCUCCUUUUAAUAUCACCCCUGAAUUAUAUACAUUAAGAUCAUGAGAAUAAAUGAAAUGACCACCAACUAAAGAAACUCUUGAUUAUUGAACUAAUUCUCCUUGUCAGCAUCUUUGGGAAAUGUAUAAAGAGCAUUUUGGAGAUUAUUCAUACUGAUCUUAGGAUGUAAAGGGUUAACCUACUCUGAGAGAUUCUCAACUGAAUGCUUGGAAAUCUCCUACUCUCACAAGAUGUAAACCUGCUUGAUUGGUGCAGGGCGUGAAAUUACUUUUUUUUUUCUGAUAGCCACUGGGCUCCUGAAUUCUUCAAAGUGGUAGCCAAUUAAAAAAAAGUUGGUUGUCAUUUUCAAAGACAAACAAAACCUUUUUUUACGCUUUCAGCAUUCUAGAUAGACCCUCUAAAAUUAAGUUAGGGAAAAGAUCCUUAACAUGGAUGAUAUACAACGUUCAAGCUCACCUAAAUCCAAGGUGGCAUCUAAUUAUUGAUCGAGAUGCAUGUGCUGCAUUUUAAAAACAAAGUUAACAAGAAAGUUUGCUGUGGAUUUAUCUUUGCAAAUCUUUUUAAUUCACUAUAUCUCUCUGUGAGGUUAUGAUGAAACAUUCUAAUCACCAAUUUGGUGACUAAUUUUCAGGAUUUGGUUACUAAUUGAAAGUGAAAAAUUUAGUCGCAUUGGCACCUGUAUUAGGCGCAAUUUCACGCCCUGUUGUGUCACACUCACUUUUUAUCAGAAACCUGAUAGCACUCAUGGUGAUACAGCUGGUUCUCUGUCUAAGGUUUUUUGAAAGCUUUUGUUGAAUGUCCUUCAGGUCGUUACUUUACUGUCAGUCUUGCCCUCCCAGGCUCUAUUAUGGAUAAUGCACAAUCACCAGAAUUGAGGACAUACUUAGCAGGCCAGGUAUGGUUAAAGGAUAUAUUGUACAUUUGGUAGAAGACUCCAUUAAUUUGAUUGUAAGAGGUAAAAUUUACAAAUGUAAAGAUACAAUUGCAAGUGUCAAAUGAAUCUAGAAAAAAGUAAUUAUUAUCACUUAUAAUGCUGGAACUUGAUAUAUGACAAAGUCAAAAUCUCUACUUGAAAUGAAUAAUAGACUGUUUAGAUUGUUUUUUGCCAAUGUAGUAUAAGUUUGCAAUUACUUUGUGUGAAGAAAGACUACAUGUAAAGGCUACAUUUAAAUUGCAACUGACCUUCAUAAAUGAUCCAAAUUUUGUUCACUCUAACAAUGGAGUAUAAGAAGGCUUACAACUACCCUGACUACUCCUUUAAAAGCUUUUUAAAACAUAAUUUCUUGCCUCAGACACUAGAUUUUUGUGGUAUACAAGUUGACACAAAAUAAAACUGUUACCCAUUCUUGAUGAGGAUUUUACUGUUCAGUGCUCUGCUCUUGCUCUAAGUGUUAUACAAAUGUGGGCUAAUAUAACUAUUGGUGUUUUGCCAUAGAUUGCUCGUGCUCUAGCAGUUUUCAGUAUAGAUGAAGUUGUCGUCUUUGACGAGUCAGGAAAAGCUAAGAUUGAAUCUAGCAGUGGAAUAAACCACAAAUCAGACCCCAAUAUUUUGCUGGCAAGGAUACUUCAAUAUCUGGAAUGUCCCCAGUACCUCAGAAAAGACUUCUUUCCAAAACACAGUGACUUGCAAUAUGCAGGUAAAUGGCAUAUGCAGUAUUAUAGGACUUCUUAAAGUCAAUGCCAUAUCUUCAAUUUAUUUCAGACGCUGUGGUAAAAGAACUCUUUUUUGCACAAUGUUUUUCUAAAUAUUUUUCUUUUGUUUCCUGUAUGAUGCAAAAUUUUCUUAUACAUUUAAUUAUUUUUAAAAAUAUUUUCAAGAGAGCCGGUGCACAGAAUGGACUUUGAUGCAUCUACCUAGCAUUUCUCUCUCUGUUUCACAAGGGAAUUGGAGACACUUUGGAAGGAGAAUCUAACAGCUUAUGGAAGUCGCUGAGGGUUUUUCCAUCCCUUCUUCUACCUUGCUUAUGGUUUUUAUUUAUGUUUUCUGUCUGCUGAUUAUUCCUUUUGAGUACACUUCCAAUGUUACCUACUAACACACUGUGUACUAUUUUUUAACAUCAUAGUAUUAACUAGAUUUCAAUUUACCCUUUAGGAUUGUUAAAUCCUUUGGAUACUCCACAUCACAUGAAAGUGGAUGAUGAUAUGCCAUACAGGGAAGGAGUAGUUCUUGAACGACCAGCCAGGAAAGGUUAUGGUUCAUCUGUGAAUGUUGGAAUGAGAAAAGAAGUGAGAAUCGAUAGAACCAUUAAACCAGGUUUGAGAGUCACUGUCAAGAUGAAUAACACUUCAGGUGUGUGAAUGUACACAAAUUUACCUGCUUCAAGUUUGUCUUUUUCCUUUAGUUUUUGUUUCAUAGUAGUAGGUUGAUGAAAAUUCUACAUGUACACAACUAACCCUGAUGAAUAGUGCCUUGACAAAAUCAUGGUCCUCUCAAACUUUUUAUCUGCUCUUAAAGUCUGAAAUGAUAUGAAGUUCAGGGCUGGGUUGUUCAAAGCUGGGUUAAGAUAACCUAGGGUUAGUGUGAAAUCUGGUUUCAGAUUUGAAAGCUUUAAAAGAAAAUUCAGUCCAAUUCUCUUCAUCUAUGAUUUGAUUAUUUGAUGCUCUAAAAAAGAACAAAGAAAAUAGUCCCAAAAAGGCAUUUGAACAAAGAAAUAAACAAGCCCAGAUUUAAAUUUAAUCUUGGGUUAGUGCACUUAGUGAACAGCUGGGCCCAGGGAGCUAACCAUUGGACCAUCUCAUCUUUGACUUUUUUCUCUUAAAAAAAUAAACAUUUAAUUUGAUUGAUUCUCUAAAGAGCUGGACAGACCAUUCAGAUGACAUAUAAGUUAGAACCGUCUAUGAAAAAUACACAUGCACCCUUACUCUGUGCUUUGCAGUCAUCUCAAUCAUAUGGCAAAUAAGCCAGAUCUGAAUUAAAGUAACACUGCAUAGAAACAUGUGUAGGAGGUACUCUUCACAUAAAUGUUGUGUUUGGUAUUUGAAUAAAAAAUUCAAAAAUGAGUAAGUACACCAAACAAGGGUGACAUUUUGUCUGUGUUUAUUUUUCUGCUAAAAAUUUAACAGGCACAAAGUUUUAUACUGGAACAGUGGUGUCUCCCAGUGCCCCCAGAACAGAGCAAGGCCUAUACUGGGGAUAUACUGUGAGACUGGCACCAUCUUUUGGAGCAGUGUUUACACAGAGUCCAUACAAAGAUGGUUAUGAUGUCACAAUAGGAACUUCAGAGAGGGGCACUAUGGUAGAUGAUCUAGUCUUGACAAAUUUUAGGUACAUUUAGUGAACAAAUUUGAUUUGUAAAAAAGUUUUUAUCAAUCAAACAUGAUUAUAUGUACAAUAACUACUGGUGGUUUGGAGAAACUGCAUUCCAGGACAGGAGAAAGAAUCACACUUUCACAAGAAUAAGAUGAAUUAUCACUGACUUAAAAGGUUCUUGAUUUUUAAUUAGAUUCUCCUUCUCAGCAGCUUAGGAAAUCUGUAAAGAACGGUAUGAAGAAUAUGCAUACUGAUGUUAGGGUGUGAAGAGUUAGACUUUUGCCGAAAAUGACUGCAAGAAAAAUUACAACUAUAAUUUCCUAUAAUUACAUGGACCUAAUGCAUUCUUCUCCCAAAUAGCUAUUUCUGCUUUUAUGCAUGAGCUCAUUCUUUCGCAAAUCGAUUUAUUACUUGCCUUUUUUUUUAAGACAUUUAUUGGUAAUGUUUGGAGGAUUGAAAGGUUUGGAGACGAGUUUAGAGUCAGACGAAACUGUACCGGCGAACGAUCCAUCUCUGGUGUUUGAUCAUUAUGUGAACACUUGUCCUGGUCAGGGAAGUGGGACAAUACGAACAGAGGAAGCUAUACUUGUCACAAUGUCUGCGUUGAGACCGAUCAUAGCAAAAGCAACUACGUGGACACAAACUAUUGGGAAUUCGUUGUAAUGUGCAGUGGGACUUCAAAUAAAUUGCGAUCAUUUUUUCCUUUGUUAUUUCCACCCAAUGAUGAAAAUCCCUACUGAAAGCCAGUGUCCUUUUGUGUGUUGUCUCUCACCGCAUCUUUUCCUCUCGCUAUAUACGAUGGAGGAAGGCAUUCUUAAACAGAUUUUCACGACAGUGUCAUGUCACCAACAUCAUAAAUGGGACACUGUAGGUUUCUAACUGAGAGUCGUUAUGAGCUGAUUUUUAAACCAAAUGGCGCGAUUCGAGACUUUGACAAGCUGGAUCUCACUUUCAAUUUCCGCAAUUAUGUUGGAUAGCCCAGCAUUGGUGACUGAUAAACAGUUAACAAGUUACUCCUCAAAAUCAGCUGCAAUAAAGAUAUCCUUUUAGUUCCAAACCUCUUAAAUAAAAAAUUUCUAGCAUUUGCUGGAGGCUGUUGGAAUAUUGAAUUCUAGAUGAAAGAGAAAUCACCUGCAAAUAAACACAGAAUAAAACAAAAAACAACGUACAAUAAAAGCAAGUGUAUGUGCUUUUUGAUCGGGUCGCGGACGUGG